ACUGCUUCCCUGAAAUUAUUUCCCUUCUAUUCUUCUACAUUUCAGAUAAAGUGGCCACUCAAUGAAGAAAGAGAACCGUACUCUCGUAACAGAGCUUGUUUUCCAGGGUUUCUCCAGCUUUCAUGAGCACCAGCUCACCCUUUUUGUGGUGUUCCUUGCAUUGUACAUCUUGACCCUAGCAGGCAAUGGCAUCAUCGUGACCAUUAUCCGAGUUGACCGUCACCUCCACACCCCCAUGUACUUCUUCCUGAGCAUGCUGUCCACUUCAGAGACUGUUUAUACACUGGUCAUUCUCCCAAGGAUGCUGUCCAGCCUCGUAAAUAUGAGCCAGUCCAUCUCAUUGGCAGGUUGUGCUACACAGAUGUUCUUUUUUGUAACCUUUGGCAUCACUAAUUGCUUCCUGCUCACAGCAAUGGGAUAUGAUCGCUACAUAGCCAUCUGCAAUCCCCUGAGAUACACAAUUAUUAUGAACAAGAGGGUGCGUGUGCAGCUGGUAUGGGGGGCCUGCAGCAUUGGUCUGAUUGUAGCCAUGACACAAGUGACAGCUGUAUUCAGGUUACCUUUUUGUGCUACAAAGGUGGCCCACUUCUUCUGUGACAUCAGACCUGUGAUGAAGCUCUCCUGCAUCGACACCACUGUUAAUGAAAUUCUGACUUUGAUCAUCAGUGUUUUGGUGCUUGUGGUGCCCAUGGGCCUGAUUUUCAUCUCUUAUGUCCUCAUCAUCUCCACCAUCCUCAGGAUCACCUCGGCUGAGGGCCGGAAGAAGGCCUUUGCCACCUGCGCCUCCCACCUCACGGUGGUCAUCGUCCACUACGGCUGCGCCUCCAUUGCCUACCUCAAGCCCAAGUCAGAGAACUCCCGGGAUCAGGACCAGCUGAUCUCGGUGACCUACACCGUCAUCACCCCCCUGCUGAACCCUGUGGUGUACACCCUGAGGAACAAGGAGGUCAGGGAUGCCCUGUGCAGGGCCACGGGCAGGAAGCUUUCCUGA